AUGCUCCUAUAUAUCGGAUUGUCGAUCGUCUCCAUAACCAUCAACCUCUGCGCGCAGAGCCUCAUGGCUCAGCUGAAAAAGACUGGUCUCCACACGAAGAUCCUGCAACUCUUCUCAACGCAAGUGGACUCGGCCGAGGGCAUCAACGUUCGCACACAACAAGGAGAAACCGCUGAUCGAGAUCAGGCUCGCAAAUCCAAUAGGAGAAAAGGUAAAAAAGGAGAGAGGAUAGCGAUGUCAGAUCUUGAGCCUCGCUCUGAUGGCGAGAGGUCUGGUCCUGGCCGAGAGGAUGAAGAACAUUCUACAAGGCUGAAAAUAAAUCGAGAGGCCGAUGGCAAACAUUAUGGAACCCUGCAAGAAUAAAAAAAUUGAGAUUGUUUCCACAAUACAUACAGGCUGGAAAGUGUCUGGCGUGAAAUGAAACCCAGCAUAUCACACGUGUAACUGAAAGUACUCAUUUACUGUAUUACGACAGUCACUACUAUUGGCGUUUAUGAAACAACAGAGUGAGCUGUCAUGAUCAAAGAAAAUAAAUGCGAGUUUGUGAGCGUGCUUGGAAUGCGGUUGGAUCGAUACAAAUAAAAAUUAUAGCCAUUUGGUAACUAAAAGGGGUAACUCAAUUUCAAAUUUUGUGCGAUGAAAAUAAUUUGUGUUUCAUUGAGUAGAUGCGAUGUGCGAUGCAGAGGGGGUGGCAAAACAGUACUGCUUCAAAAACUUGAACCAGCUUUGGACCAGCAGUAAUGCCAAACCACACUGAUCGCAUGGUAAGAGUCUUAGCUCGCUCUAUACCGAGAGCUUUAUUUUUUCUUUAUUUGAUCUAUUUCUAUCGGUCUGAUCAAGUGUCAUGCAUAGUUUUGAGAAAAUAGACUAUUGAGAUUAUCUACUGAAGAAAACAAUCGGCGUGUCAAACACUACUCCGAGCGCGCUUUUGAGGGACUGGGAUGUAAUUAAUUAAAAUUUCCUCCCCGCGAGGGCGACCCUAAAAUCAGGAACGGCGGAAUGGCGGAAUGGUGGAAAAUGACCCCAAAUCCUAAAACAAGGAACGGAUGUCAGGGCAUGUUGCACAAAUUUUGUACAAAAACACUCAAGCGCUUGGCUCAUUCAUCCCCACGACGAUAACGUGCGGGACUAAAAUUAAGUGUUAUUAAUUUUUUUUCUUUCACCGAGUGGUAUGAAUGAUAAUGAACCAUUAUGCAUGAAAGAUAGCUGCGUUUUCGCGUUGUAAAACUGUUUUGUUACCUUUUGUUAUGCUAAAUUUGCCAUGAGUUUUAGUCGCGGCAUAAAAAGUCGCACAGCAUGUGAAAACCAACUUGACAUACCACAUUACAAUAAACAAUUGUAACUUUGAUACGUUUCCUGGUCACGUCUGCAUUGAUUUAUUGAAACAAUAAUAUCUCAUAUGCUUGUAAAUGUGAGAACAUCACAGGAACGUUUUUAGGCUUCUCAAAAUGUAACGACGUUCAGCCCCAGCUUCAAACUUAAACCAGCGUGAGAGCAAGCCCUCGUUACGAGCCUUCAAUACGAGCGUUUUUUCAUCCCCGAAUAAGUUUUGGGACUUGAGAACACAAGAUCAAGAGAGAUUUGCAGGGUGUCACGCGCGUGGGAAUUUCUCAUGGCGUGAAAAGACAAAAGGAAGUUAGUAGAAAGAAGCCGUCAAGAAGAAUUUGAAGAAUUUCUUCGCGACCAGGUGUCCAAAACACCACCAUCCUACUGUGAAAUUUACGGCUUACAUAUCAGCGGAAGAAAUAAACUUUAUGGACAAAAAAAGAGGCUAUUUCACCAAUUCGUUCAGCGGAUUUCUUCUGUUCCUUAACAAAUUGCAAAUCGUCAACUCUAUGGUGUUUAAAUUGCCCUUCCUGAAAGGGAAGUGUAAUUCAGACGGAUCUUUGGAUUGUCAUGGUUUACCAUUAUUCGCAUGGAAGCAGUUGCGAGACAAAGAAGAGGCUAUCGGUCGAGGAUCCUAUGGUUUGAUUUUUGUGGCGAGAAACAAUUCUGAGAAGGUCGUAAUCAAAAAACUGUUAGGUGAGGACGAGAAGGAAAAGCGUCUUUUCCUCAAAGAGGCAAAAAUACUCCUGGGGAUUAAAAGUGAACAUAUCGCUAGGUUUCAAGCUGUGUGCAUGGAACCGUGUGCAAUGAUGCUUGAAAAAGCGAAAGCGCAGCUAUCUUUCAUGCAUGAUGGUUCAUUAUUAUUUAUACCACUCAGUAAAAGAAAAAAAUUAAUAACGCUUAAUUUUAGUCACGCGCGUUAUCGUCGUGGGGAUAAAUGAGCCAAGCGCUUGGUGUCUUUGUACAAAAUUUGUGCAACAUGCCCUGACAUCCGUUCCGUGUUUUAGGAUUUGGGGUCAUUUUCCACCGUUCCGUGUUUUAGGAUUUAGGGUCAUUUUCCGCCGUUCCAUGUUUUAGGAUUUGGGGUCAUUUUCCGCCAUUCCGCCAUUCCGCCAUUCCGUCAUUCCGCCAUUCCACCAUUCCACCAUUCCACCAUUCCACCAUUCCACCAUUCCACCAUUCCACCAUUCCACCAUUCCACCAUUCCACCAUUCCACCAUUCCACCAUUCCACCAUUCCACCAUUCCACCAUUCCACCAUUCUGCCGUUCCACCAUUCUGCCGUUCCACCAUUCUGCCAUUCCACCAUUCUGCCAUUCCACCAUUCCACCAUUCCGCCAUUCCACCAUUCCACCAUUCUGCCAUUCCACCAUUCUGCCAUUCCACCAUUCCACCAUUCUGCCAUUCUACCAUUCUACCAUUCUACCAUUCCACCAUUCCACCAUUCCACCAUUCUACCAUUCUACCAUUCCACCAUUCCACCAUUCCACCAUUCCACCAUUCCACCAUUCCACCAUUCUACCAUUCUACCAUUCCACCAUUCCACCAUUCUACCAUUCUACCAUUCUACCAUUCCACCAUUCCACCAUUCCACCAUUCCACCAUUCCACCAUUCCACCAUUCCACCAUUCCACCAUUCCAUCAUUUAAGCUUUUAGGGUCGCCCCCCAUCAACGCCAGAGCGUUACCUUUUUCGUGACCUUACUGAAAUUUUUGAAAUGGCGGACGAAUCAACCCGAUUGAUCAUUAAAGGCAAGAGAAUCUUGCUGCCAGAUUGUGUUUCUUCGGGAAGUAUAAUCAUAGACAAGGGGAAGAUUGUUGGAAUAGAGAAAGGAAUGGAUACCGCUCAAUUACCUCCACGGACGAAGGUAAAAUGGGGCCAGGAGGAAGCGCUACUGACCAAUAUUGUAACCCCAUCAAGGGUCAUGUUACCCCACGAGAGUCAAAAAUUUUUUUUGCGGUGUAUCAUGCCGGUUGAUUAUCAAACGUUCCACGAGAUUCUACGCCUAACUCAUGAAAUAUAUGAGUGCAAACUUGCCCAUUUGUACCGCGAAAUUUACCUAAACAGGCCUUUGUGUUGCUCGUGAACGAUGCGGUGUUCCAUUUUAAUAGUGGGUUUGCUAUACGGGACCCUUUUUCUUAAUUGAGCAAACAAAGUUACUUGUGAUGUGUUGAUUUAAGCGAAAUGAAAUGCUCUUUUGGUUAUGUGUGAUGUUUGGUGUGCCAGGAAAGUGAGUGUGCAAAACUUUGUCAAUGAUCCUUAAAUUUCUCGAUUCGAAACACUUGAAGACCAAACUUUCUUGCGUCGCAGAAGAUUGAAUUUCCUGCGAGACCUAACAUUUAUCUUGGCGGUCAGUUUUCAAAGUUCCGAAUUUUUUUCCCCUUACUUAUAAUAAUUUUCACUCUCCUUGAGCAGUCAUGGUCACUUGCAACCACUCAAAUUCAACUAAGAAUUAUCUUUCAAACAAAAUUUAAUCUAUCUGAGGGUAUUAGUAGUAUAUUUAAGCAAGUUUUUGUAUAGUAUGUGGUCAGUUAUGACAUAAAAUGGUGCUCCCAAGAACUGAUUGUUAAUUCUCCCCUCUAGCUGCUACACAUUUCCUUGUAAAUAAGUUACAAGAAUUUGGUGUUAGAUCAAGAUUACUUCUACAUGAUACAUUUGAGUAUUCUCAUUACCUGUUUGCUAGAUUGUUGGGAGAAGUUACUUGUUAAUCACUUCUGGGAGUUAAAGGGUUAACACAGGUCUGACAGUGUUCGGCUUACAGGGUGGAAUCUAGGGGAGGAGUGCAGGGGAUGAGUAUCCCCCUCCCCUUAGAUAACAUGAGGCUUUCUGUUUUUCAAGCCAAAGAAAGAAAAAAAAAACUUAACUAUUUGGUUUAUUGAUGUUGAAGUAAACAUGAGUCAAGGUUGAAGAACUGAUUUUUAAACACCAUAAAAAUGGUAGUUUGGCAAUGACAUUUCAAGCAUUAGCUUAUUCGUCAGAGCAGACAUUCCUUAGCUAAGCACCCACUCCUGAGAAAACUCCUGUAUGUGCCCCUGUCUUCUGUAGCUCAAUUUUUUCCAAGAUUGCAAAGGCAAUUCUUAUGAAGAAAUGUGCCCACCGGGCACCUAAUUACCUUCCUUACUUCUCUCUGAUGAUCCCUUUUCUCACUUGGUUAGCACACUAGUUAGCAACACUGCAUCCUUAUUCCUAACAGAGCUGAUCAAUCCAAUCAUGGUACAAGGGUAAAGGCAAAUAAAAUGCUCGGUUACUCAAAUUUAGUUCAAUAAUUCUGUAAAUAAAGCAGACAGUGCUAGGAUUUCCAGUGUCAAAUGAGCAUAAUGAAGGGAGAAACCAGUAUGCUGAUAACAUUUCAUGUGUCUGGUUAAGUUCCUCACCUCACAAGCUUAAUACCAAUCCAGUGCAAUAAGAAUAUCAAUCAGUGUACAGGAUAACACCUCUUGGCAGGUCAUAGAUGCUGGAGAGCUGGUAGUGAUGCCAGGAGUUGUUGAUAGUCAUGUCCAUGUCAACGAGCCUGGGAGGACAGAUUGGGAAGGGUUUGCAACAGCAACACAAGCUGCAGCAUCAGGUGGAAUCACUACCAUUGUGGACAUGCCCCUGUAAGUACUAAUUAACUCUUUUGAUUCCAGGAAUUAACCAUUAAGUUAAAUCCUUUGGGCUGGUUAUUUACACAAGGUCUAACCCAAACCACAUUUUCAUUCAAGAAGUGUGCUCAGGUCUUCUCUAUGAGAGGGUUGAUUUAAGUAAUUAAAUGUAACGCAUCAAGCUUUUGGCGAAAGUCUUAGAGAAAAAUAAAUUAUGUUUUUUCAGCAACAUUUUACUGCUCAUCGCAGUAGUGACAUCUUAAACUCCCUUGUGACUGUUGUUUAAGACCACAACGUAAUAAUUUAGCCAGGGCCAUAACAUGACCCAUUAUUAACCCUUAACCCCCUAACAUCAGUAUGCAUAUUCUCUCCAUACUGUUCUCCAUACAUUUACAAAGAAGCACAUAAGGAGAAUUUGUGUAACAAUCAAGAACUGCUUUAGUUGGUGAUCAUCUCCUCCAUUCUCAUAACUUUAAUGUUUGAUUCAGGGAUGAUAAAGUAAAGAGAAAUUAGAUGCUAGUCACUCUUAGGGGCUUAAGGGUUAAUCAAGCAUGAUACUCAGUCUUGCACCAUGUCUUCCUCACAGAUCAUUGAUUGUAGAACUUGAUUAGUUAGGCUUUAGAUUCCUGGUGUUAUCAAAAGAAAAUUAGGGAGUGGAUGAGAAUUUAAUGCUAUCAUGUUAAAAUAUUCACUUUCCAUGAUAAAUUGAAUGAAGAUAAUUUGAUGUGUCUUUUGUAUCAAAAGAAAUUCUAUUCCUCCCACAACUACCCUGGAUGGAUUUUAUACCAAACUUAACAGUGCUAGGAGCAAAUGUUGGACAGAUGUUGCAUUCUGGGGAGGGGUGGUACCAGGAAAUCAGGUAUUAAAAAUAUGAAGUAAAGAUUUUAAUCACUUGUCUGCCUGAUAUUGUACUGAUAUAGUAAGGAGAAAUUUCGUCUUGGUCACUCAUGGCUAUGAAUGGGUUAAGCCUGACUGUUGCCAACUGAAGACAUCUGAAUAAGAUGUCAGUCUAUGCUUUUGUUAAGGAGAAUAUUUUUCUUUGUUAGGCUGAAAUAAAGCCCAUGGUGAAUGCUGGUGUUAAGGGUUUCAAGUGCUUUCUUGUGCACAGUGGUGUUGAUGAGUUUCCCUCUGUCACAGAGAGUGAUGUGAGGCUGGCCAUGGAGCAAAUGCAGGGAACAGAUGCUGUGUUUCUGGUAAUGUUUAAUUAUUAUGACUUUCUUCUGCUACCACAUGUUGGUUGGAAUAGUUUUUUUGAAGGUCAUCUUUGUGAUAGGCCUUUUAGCCAUUUACACCCCAACUUCAGUAAACAGGUUAGUCGGCAUAAUAGGAAGUUGCAAAUUACAUGUAAUGUAAAUUAUUAAUCGAUCAAAGAUUGAUUGUCCUCAUUAAUUUAUGGAAGAUGCAAUUUUUCGCAUCAGGCUAUCUAUUGAUUAAUUGACCAAUUAAUGAUAAAUUCUUUUUGGUAUCUAGCCUUUAGCAUGCAUAUUCCAAACUGUUCUCCAUAAAUUUCCUGAGGUGCAGACAAAAAGAAUUUAUUUAACAAUCAAGGGUUAGUUGGUGAUCAUUUCAGUGGAAUUAACUGGGUCAUUAAUGGGAGUUGGCCACCCAAAAGCUGACAUUUCGACUGUUGGCCUGCAUUUGCUCAGACUAAGGGCCAACACUUGAAGAAUCAGCUUUAGAAGCUCUUACAGUGGACCAUUUACAUAAUUGUCUCAGUUGAUUGCACCAAAUUAUCCUAUCGAUUACAACUUGCAUCUCAAUCUCUCAGAGGUAGGCAAAAGAAUUGCAGACUACUCCAUGAGGAUCAGGGAGAGAAAAACCAAUCUUUGAUCUGUUUGAGUUCAAAAAUAGAUACAAAUAUAACAACAGAGAAUCUUGUAACAGGAAAUCCUGUUUACUUUAAUUUUUGUUGGAAAAAUUACUUUUAUCGGCAUAAAUCUGUAAGCAAAGGCCCUAAAAAAUGUUUGUCAUCUGUCCUUAGUUCCAUGCAGAAGUUGAGAUUCCUCAAGAAACAGACAAUGCAAGUCAAGGUAGUGCCAUCUUUUUUUAAUGUUGAUCGAGCUGGUAUCACUGGUUUUAUAUAUCAGUGAGUCAUUCCCAUUAACCUCAUUGAUCAUUAUCCCUUUCACUCUCAUGAUCUCUUUGGUAAUUCUCCUUACUGUCUGCUACACAUUGCUUGUAAUUUUAGUUUUAAGAAUUUGGCAUUGAAUCAAAUGAUAAUCCACCAACUGUCUACUUGAGAUUGUAUUGAUAUUGUAAGGAGAAAUUCUCUCUUGGUCACUUCUGGGGGUGAUGGGGUUAUUGGUAAUGACUUGUCAGAACACCAGAGCAGAGUAGGUGAAAAGCCAAGGCAUUGAUAAGAUAUUCAUUGUAGGAUCCAUCUGUGUCCUUCUGGCAUUUGGUUGGAAUAUGCCAAUCCCUGUAUAUUAUAUAUAAUGAUUAUAGGACUGAGUGGAGUCCAAUUCUGUCUGUAAUCAUACUAGUGAUCAACAAAAUCGGACGGCCGCGAAGCGGGCGUCCGAUUUGUUAAUCACGAGUAUGAUUACAGACAGGUUUGGACGACAGGAGGUCCUGUUGCCAAUUAAUCAAAACUAUGACAAAACAGCUUCAAAAAGUUGACUCGCCGAAAUGUGAGACAACUGCACACGCACUUGACGCGUUCUGUCCACUUACAUGGGCAUGACGUGUUAACUGUUCCUUUCACUGUCCUAUUACACUGUCCAAUUACAAGCAUGACGGUUCAACCUUCAUUGUUAGAGAGGGAGGGGGGUAGGUUCUGUGUGUACGUCUGAUUUAGGUAAAAAAAAAAAAAGUAAUCUUUAAUACAUGUGUGGUAUAAGAUAUGUUUUCAACUGUUCCAAGGAGUUUUGACCUCCAUUGUGGCUUUUUGUUUUAAGCUGCUCUGGUGAUUUGAAGCAAGUGCCAAACGGCCGUGAAGCGCGAGUUACGCGCGAGAGAAGGAGCGUGUUCGCUUCGAGCCUACCCCCGCUCACCUUUGAAGAAGCCAAAGAUUUACGCUUGCUCCGUGAGCCGCAGGCCUAACCACGAUCUAGACAGUUCUGAGUAGAGUAUUUUUGUUGUUAUGUUACAGAUCCUUCUAAGUACACCACAUUUUUGCACUCCCGACCGGAAGCGAUGGAAAACCAAGCGAUUGAGCUGGUUAUCAAACUUUGUAAAGAAUACAGGUUAGUCGGCAUAAUAGGAAGUUGCAAAUUACACGUAAUAUAAAUUAUUAAUCGAUCAAAAAUUGAUUGUCCUCAUUACCCAAUGGAUGAUGCAAUUUUUCGCAUUAGGCUAUCAAUUGAUAAAUUGAUCAAUUAAUGAUAAAUUAUUUGCGAUAUCUAACCCUUUACAUCAUAACAUCAGUAUGCAUAUUCUCCAUACUGAUCUCUAAAGAUUUUCCUAAGGUGCUGACAGGGAGAAUUUGUUUAAUAAUCAAGAGUAUCUUAACUUGGUGAUCAUUUCCUGACCUUAAUGUGUGAUUCACCGUACAGAUCAAAUACUUUUCCUUCUAUCAUUGUGACGUUCUGUUUGUAUUUCAGAGUACCCUGUCACAUUGUGCACCUUUCUUCAGCAAGUGCCCUGCCCAUGAUCAGGAAGGCCCGCGAGGAAGGCGUCCCUCUCACGAUAGAAACCACGCACCACUACCUGUCACUCCAAGCUGAAAAUGUGCCUGAUGGUGCCACUCAAUUUAAGUGCUGUCCGCCUGUACGAGAUGGCAAAAAUCAAGUAAGCAUAGCUGCGUAUUCAACAGGAAGCUUAGUAACAUUCACGCGCGCAUCGUUUCAAAAGCAAGAAAAAGAUAAAUUAGGGAAGCGCGGUCAGCUGGUUACAAUUUAUUGAUCUAUUUGGUUACUUCAUAGGGAAGUUGGAAAGUAGUCUUCGACCUCAUGUACGUACUCGACCCAAUUCUCCUGACGUAUGUUCCAAAAUCUCGCUAAAAAAUACAAUAAGUGGAACCGCGUUGUAUUUGUUUUCCUCUCUCCUCACAGGAAGCUCUAUGGGAUGCCCUUAAGUCACGUGACAUUGACUUAGUCAUUUCAGACCACUCUCCGUGCACUGAAGAUCUUAAGCUGAUGGACAGAGGGGAUUUUAUGGCGGCCUGGGGAGGAAUAUCAGGGGUGCAGUAUGGUGAGUGCUUAUUGAGCAUAUGCGCACGUAAAUAUUGUUCAAUGGACAAGAUGUACCACGGUUAAUUCCUUUUUCUUUUUUCAGGGUUAUCCAUAUUCUGGUCGCAGGCGUGUAACCGAGGUUUCUCUCUUCACGAUGUUGCUCGUGUAAUGUGCGAGGAACCCGCCAAGUUAAGUCGUUUGAGUCAUCGGAAAGGAAAGAUUGCUGUGGGCAUGGAUGCGGAUUUUGUGCUUUGGGAUCCGAAUUGAAAGAACGAAAAAGGUUAUUUCCAAUGGACUUGAUUAAAAAGGUUAAUUCCAGGCGUAUACGAAUUUCAAACCCACGACCAUUUGUAUCAUAACUAGUUCGGACAACACGUGUAACGACCAUUUGCGUUUUGACAAGGUACGCAGUUUUUGACUGGCGUGUUAAAGAGAAUGUAGUGCUAGUUUUCUACCAGGUUGUAACGCACAAAGGAGAAAAAAGCAAGCGGUGUCACAUAGUUUGAUGUGGUUUACAAUGUAAUCUUCUUCUCGUAAAAGAUACACGUGGAAGUGAUUUUGUUCACAUUAAAUAUACCUCUUACCAACCGACCCUGUUCGAGAUUCGUACUGUAACUUACAGACCGAGUUUUUUUCCGCGCGGGCCAUAAAUUCGAAUAAAAAAUGAAGUUCCAUUACUUACUGUACGAACCGAGAAAACGAGGUUAGUAAGAUGUUCGUAAUGUAUCUCUGGAUUCAAAUUGACGGGGAAGAUUCCAAUUGAAACGAACUUUUGAAUUUAGCGGGCUGUACAUUGAAAUACGGCCCGCUACAUUGACCAAUCACAGGGAACGUACUAACUGAGAGAUAUAAUAAAACUAUUUAUGUAUUUACUUUUUCCAGAUCGAUCAGAAGAUAACUCGACAUAAAAACAAGGUACAAAGGCUUGGUGAUUGAUUUUUAAACAUUGAACAAUGAUUAAAUCACAAUCUUACUAUUUUUGCUUUUUGUUUAGUCAUGACAGAUGAGGUCAAUCAAAGCACUGUUAAUGCUUAUCUUUUUUUUUUGCCUGGACAGUGUGCACAUUUAACAGCUUUCAUAUAUAGCUCGCGUCCAAAUGCUGUCCAACCGUUCCAUCUAAUUAAGAGGAGGACAAAGCUUUCUCUCUCUUGUCCCUCUUCACUCUCUAUCGCCUCCGAUAAAAAGCGAGCGCCAUUUUAUAAUUUGGAAAGUGUUAAAUGUUUUUUGUUUCACGGGGUAAGGGGUUGGGAUGGACUGGGGAGGAAGGGAGAGACAUGGUAGGUCAGCGGAUGGCGCACAAGAAUCGGGACUGGUUCAUGUUUGCUCCUUAGCGAGACACCAGUUACCACCCCAGCUGGGGAAUAAUGGACUGGGGAAGAAUGGGUACUAGCAAACUGUCAGGGCAAUGUGCAAGGCGGGUUACUUCGCGAUAUGAUUUAAGUUGUGUCAUCCUAUGGAAACCGGGUUGAGCUCUGGCAUAAAUGAGCCGCUAGAUUUGUUAUACUUCACCUGCAUUUUAUUUUUUGUUUUUAUUUUAAUUGGCAGGUAACUCCAUACCACAACAUGACGUUGCAUGGAGUCGUUCACAAGACUAUCUUGCGAGGAAAUGUCGUGUACGAGCGGGACAGAGUCUGCGAUAUUCCAGCGGGUCAGCUCAUACUGGAAAAACCUUCACGAGGAGACAGCCUGAUAAAAUGAAAAAUAAAACAAAAAUAUUGAUUGAUGUAUUGAACACAUCCUAACCCUGAAACAAACAUACAAUGGUCCUUCCUGAAAAUUAUUAAUUAAAACUUGAAAGCUAAUCGUUCGUCUGUGACUAAGAAAUUGUGGGCUUUCGCUCGCAGCACGUAAGUUAUCCGAAAGCGAGUUCCAUUCCUAGAAUUAAAUUAAGUGUCUAGGAGAUGGCGUUACAAGUUUCCAUUUUAUGGCAAUAAAAAAU